AGCGCGAGCAUAUAAAGCUUUGACAGCUGGUUGGAUGUCAGAUCCAUAUAUUGCUUGUAUUGACUUCGUGCUCGCUCUUACCGUUUUUGGUUUCAAUACCAAACUUGAAGUCCUGAAUAUUUAAAGAUUCAAAUUUUCCCAGAAUACGGGGGCGGGAACAUAAUAUUAUUUCAUUUGAACCAACUAACAACGAUGUGGGAUGACGUCAGCUACAUCGGAUAGUGAUUUAGUUUUACCCGGACACGUAAUUAAAGAGAAAUGGCGUAUUAUCAAAAAGAUUGGAGGUGGCGGUUUCGGAGAGAUAUACGAGGCUCAAGAAGUCAGCUCACAAGAAAAAGUAGCCCUAAAAUUAGAAUCAGCACGACAACCCAAGCAAGUUCUAAAAAUGGAAGUCGCAGUCUUAAGGAAGCUACAGGGCAAAGAACAUGUAUGCAAAUUUUUGGGUUGUGGGAGAAAUGACCGUUAUAGUUAUGUCGUAAUGUCACUUCAAGGCCGAAAUCUCGCAGAUUUACGACGUAGUAUGCCACGUGGAAUAUUCUCCACAUCCACAAUAAUACGUUUAAGUAUACAAAUUCUAAGCGCUAUCGAGGCUAUUCAUGAUGCUGGAUUUUUACAUCGUGAUAUUAAACCUUCAAAUUUUGCUGUUGGUAGAUUACCGACAAACUGUCGAACAAUUUAUAUGCUAGAUUUUGGCUUAGCUCGUCAAUAUACAACACCUAAGGGAGAUGUUAGACCUGCACGUCCAGUAGCUGGUUUUCGUGGAACAGUACGUUAUGCAUCGCGUAAUGCUCAUAUGAAUCGUGAAAUGGGUCGACAUGAUGAUUUAUGGUCAAUGUUUUACGUCCUUGUUGAAUUCGCAUCAGGUCAAUUACCAUGGCGUAGAAUUAAAGAUAAAGAACAGGUUGGUCAAAUUAAGAACAAUUUUAAUCAUAUGACGCUUACACGUUGCCUUCCAAGUGAAUAUCGUGCUUUCCUAGAGCACAUUGAAGAAUGUAGUUAUUCAGAUCGACCCGACUAUACUAUGCUUCAUGGUCUCAUAAAACAAGCUAUGAUUCGUCGUGACGUUCAUGAGACUGAUCUUUUUGAUUGGGAAAAACCUGUAACAGCAAUAGAUAAUCAACAAACCAAUCCAACAAAUCCACCUUCCAUUCCACCUGGACCUGCAGUAAAUGAACAACAAGGUAAUCACCAUAUGGGUGUAGGUUCUGCUACAGCUGGUAAUACUGCAUUACCUAAUGGUUUCACUGAUAGGAGAACUCAUACAAAUCAAAAUUUAGUUUCAAAUCAUCCCCAGCGCUCUAUCCAUCCUUAUAAUCGUAACGUUGAUGAUGUUGUUGGUCAACAUCAACGAGGACUAGAUACUGUGGGUUUGAGUAAUACUGGUAUUAACAAUGGAGGGAAUCUCAUGCAUCAUCUAGUUAGUAGUGUGAAUGAAUCUUUAAAGGAUAGUGUGCCACAACUUUUGAGUGGAAAAACUAUAUCACCUGAUUUAAUACCAGGUGGAGACAUUUCAAGGCAUAAUAAUAAAAUUCACUCCCAUCUUCCACCUUUACAAACAGCUGAUGUAGUCGAUGACUUCGGAAACCAUGAUCCUGGGAAACUAGUCACAGCUACUGUUAAAGAAAAUUUAGAUAGCCGCCAUAAAGAUACAAACGAUAUUGAUAAUGGUACAAACACAACUCACAAUGUAUUGGGAUAUCAUCCUGUUGUUCAUAAUAACAACGAUUUAAGACGUAGUAGAUAUUCAACUUCUACUAAAGGUCUAUCUGUUGGUACUUCAAACCGUCGAGCUUCAUUGAGACGUUCAAACGGUAUGACUGUACCACAUAAUAGAAGCCUAACGGAACUUGGAAAAUCAGUCGAUGUAGCUUAUCACAAUUCAUUAUCUAGGUCCAACGGUGAACAUUUACUAGAGUCUGCACAAUGCAAAAAUGAUAACUUUACUGAGCACAGACCCUCACGAUUACCUGUUAUCAUGCCUACCAGACAAUGUCAUCGUGACCAACAAAGUAGCGUUGUAGAUGUUCAUAAUAAUUCAUCCAUGAAAUCAACACGUCCUGCUUGUUCAAAGACACGUCCAUCUAUUGUUGUGGCUGAUAAAUGUAUUUUCAUGUCGUCGCCUAGAGAAGAAGAAUAUAAUGUCAUUGAUAAUGGUGGUAACGAUGUGAGCAUUCUAACUGGGAAUUUCGGAUACACCGUUGACCAAAGUCAGGCGAGUAUUGCUCAAAUGACCAAUGCUAUAGCAAUUAGUACUGUAGGUGGACGUUAUGCAUCGGGAUCACUGUCUCGUUUGACCCGGUUGAAUAGUAAUGCAGCAGGUUCAAUGACCCAGCUAGCUGGUUUAUGUUUAUCUAGUCAAGAUUUAGUUGAUAUCGAUGGAGACAUCAACACUGGCGGUGGCGUUGAUGGUGGUAUGGACGUCGGUGGUUUAGGUGAAACUAUAAAUGAUAAUCAGAAUUUAAUGUUAGACUCGUCAAACAUUGACUUACCAAAUGAAUCGAUCGAUAGGAAACCUGGUGAAACUAUGACUGAUAAAUGUCCUGUUAUCGAUGCUUCUGCUCAGCCUCAAAAUAAUGUUUCAGAUAUUGGAACAUUAGAUGUCAAAUGUACUCAUCAGGUUUCAACGAAUCACGCCACCAUCGUGACUACAACUACGACCAAUUCUCAAUGUAUCAAAAAAGUCGAUGACAGUAACACUAAUAUGACCAUCGCCGGUGCAUUGGAUGAUGAUGAUAUUGGAUGUGGCGAUUAUAUCAAUAGUUCAUUUAGUACGAAUGACAAGGUGUUGACAACUAAUGUAAAAUCUUUAUCAACCAGUAAUCUUAAAAAAUCGAAUUUAAAAUCAAAAUUGUCUGGACGUUUGAUCACCACCACUACUACGUCAACAACAACACCAUCAAUAUCAUCUGGACGUCGUUCAAGGUUGAUUCGAUGUAAUUUAGAUGAAGUCUCUCAUCAUUCAGAAGGUUUAAGACGAUUCUCUAUCAGUAAUGCUAAUGAUGGAAAAUAUUCUAUGAGAUUGACAAACUCUAAUGGAUCAUCACCAUAUGAUAAUGACAGUUGUAAUUUGUUACAUAGAUAUUCAGUAGUUAACGGUUGCAAACCAGUUCCUGUGCCAUCACGUCAACGACUUAGUUUAACACCUACAUCUUGGCAACAACAGUCUCGUAAUCGUAGUGUUAAUAAUAAUAAUAAUAGUUUGAAUGAAAAUCACGAUAAAUCAUCUGUGAAUAGCCAUGAAGUGUUCACAUCAUCCUGUGAUCAGUCGAAACCAUCAGUAAAUAAUCGUCUAAUCAAUCCUACUACAACUGGUCCACUUAGUCGAUCAGAUAAAAAUAAUAUUAAUAAUAGUACAAAUCAAAUCCUUGUAAAUAAUCCUCGUUUAUACAAUCCAAGGCGUAGUCGAACUCCAUGGGAUAACAAUACUUCAAAUAACAGUAGUUAUAAUAAAUCACGUAGUUUAAGCACUGUUUCUGUGAAUAAUAAUACAAACGGUAAUAGUAGAUCACAUAUUAACUGGAAUCGUAAUGGUUUAACUGAACUUCAAGAGAAUAAUAAAACUAAUCGUUUAUCACCAUAUGAUGAUAAUGUGUUUGAACAACGUCCAUCGAAUGAAAUCAAUCCUGAUGAUGAUAUUGGUCAUAUAAUUAGUAGUCGACGUUUUCGUCGAACAUUUAUUCAAACAUUAUUACCUCAUUCAUCGUGUACAUCACCUCAGCAAUCAUUACCACCACCUCCUUGUGAAUCAUCAAGUGAUAUUGAUUCCGAUGAUAAAUAUCCUAAAUGUUUAAAGGUUAAUUAUCAUGUAAAAAAUCAUCCUAAUCAUAAUAAAGAAAUAUCAAAUAUUGUAAAUAAUCAUUCAUCUCCUUUUAUACAACAUUGUAAUGAAAAUGGUAUUGAAAAUGAUCCAUCUAAUCAUUAUUAUCCUAAUAAUAAAGAGAUUAUUAUUGAUUCAAAUAAACAAAUAAAAAAUAAUUUACUCCAUGAAAAUCAAUCAUCUUUUCCUAUCACUCCUGUGAUGAAUAAUAAUUGUAAUUCUAAUCCUUCUUCUUCAUCAUCAUCAUCAUCGUCUUCAACAUCAUCCUAUGAUAUAAUUGCAUCAAAUGGUAUCAUUAAAUUACAUAAUAGUAAUAAUAAUAUUAUAAAUGAUUCCAAUAUAUUCAUCAAUAAUAAUGGUAAUAAUAAUAAUAAUGGUUCUUAUGCAUCACCAUUAAUUGUAUUUGUUCCUAGACCAUCCACAAAUCCUAUAUUAUGUACAAAUAAUGCAAUAAUAGCACGUCGAAGACGUUAUCGUACACCAUCACAAUUAUCAAAUGGUGGUGAUACAUCUAUAUUACAUACAACAGAAUUCAAUGAAUUCAAUAAUGAAAAUUAUAAUAAUUUAAAAAAAUUAUCUUUAUUAGAUAAUCAUGAUAAAAUAAAAUUGAAUUUAUUAAUGAAAUCAACUAGUAACAAUAACAAUAAUAGUAAUAAUACUAAUAAUACUACUACUAAUAAUAAUAGUAUUACUAAUAAUAGUAAUGCUGGUAAUGAUAAUCAUAAUGAACCAUGUUUAUUGAAUACAUUCAAUAAAGAAAUACAAUCAUCCAGUUUAAUAAAUAAUCAAAAUCAAUUAUGGUCAUCAAAUUCAUCUUAUCAAUUUGAACAACAACACCAAGGUAAACAAUUAAUAUAAUUCAUUUCAUUACAUUCAAUUAAAGAAACAAUAAAUAAAACGGAAAUAAACAAAUUGUUUUUAUUUUUAAUGAAUAUACAAAUCAAUUGAUAAUAGGAUUUGAAUGAAUAAGUAAGAAAUAUGAAGCAUUUAUAUAGUUAUAUUAUUAUACAUGUUCUGUACAUAUUUAUUUGUGUAUGUUACCCCCCCCCGCCCAAACACCCCCUCCUUCAUGAGAGGUGUAUAACGGUUGGUAAUUAGAAUUCUUUAUUGAAUUCAAUCAUGGACAAUCUUACCCAGUUACUAUUCAACUUUAUUAUAAAAUAAAAAUAAAUAAACAAACUGUUAUAUUCUGUACAUAACUAUCUGUUUAUGCCUUCUUGAAAUUAUCUAAUCUACAUUAAUCCAAUUUCUUAUUUUAAUUUAUUUAUACAAUAUUCUUAUAAUGAAAAUUUAUUUUUCUAUGCCUAUCUUAAGCAAUAUCAAUAAAGAAAGAUUGAUUAGUGCUUCCUUGAAUACAGAUAUAUUCACUUAUUUAUUUAGUGAUUAGAUUACUGUUAUUUAUUUAAGAGAGAGAGAGAGAGAGAAAGAGAGGAACAUUUCCAUCGAUUACCCUUUUGUUGAAAUCUCUUGCCUCAAAUAUAUUUACCAGAAGUCUUUCUUUCAUGUGUAUGAUUAUGUUUUUUUCUUCUGCAUAACGUUUAAAAAAGUAGGCUAACUUCAAUCAGCUAUAUUACUCAUAUCUUAUCCUAUAGUAGUCGCUUAUUUCUUUAUGCAUAUCUAUCUAUUCACAUCUGUCUAUAUUCACACAGAUAAUAAAUAAGGUGUAAAAUUGUUUCUACCAUAUGGUUCACAAUUAUUCCUUAUUGUAUUGUAUUUGACUUAUAAUUCUUCAGUGUAUAAAGCUUAUCACUUUAAUUUAUUAUUAAAAGAGUUUGAUGGUAGUUGAAAUUCUUUUAUAGACUUCAAUUUAAUACUGAUUAUAUAUUAUAUAACUUAUGAUAAUAUACGCACAAAUAGGUUUUUGUAUAUGUAUAUUCAUUUCUGUAUAUUGAUCUAUUGUAGAAACUAUAGGUCACAGGUAUAGAUUGAUUUCUCCUAUAUGCACACACACACACACAUACACACACUGAUUUUUUACCAUAAACAAGUUUAUCAAUUAACUAUUUUGUUGAAUAGAGAAUUCAUUUAAUUCUAUAUAGUUGAUUUGUUUAUUUAGUCUUUCUUAAUUCGUAUAACUAUUCAUUUAACUGUGCGUAUGUACGUUUACAAAAAAGAAACAACAUUUGUAUUGCUUAUUGAGAAAUAGUAAUACAUUGAAGGAACACACACACACAUACACACAUUCUUCCGCUGUAUAGAAUUAAAUGUACCUCUAACUAACUACCAUUUUUUUCUUGGUCUUGAAAAAAACAUUUAGACUAGAUAAUACCAUGGCUUAGUCGAUGCUUCUUAUGAUAACUUCCUGUCUUUAUUACUAUUUUCUUUUUCCCAGAGCAAAAAAACAAUUACUUUCGAUUUAGUAUCAUUACAGUAUAUUUAGAAGAAAAAAAAAAAGAAAAACUAUUUGUUCCAUGAGUGCCAAAUCUUAUUCAAUCUUUAACAAUUUGUCACAUUUAUUUGUUUAUCAGUUUAAUGGUUAUUCAUAAAUUAUCCUUCUUCUUCAAUGGUUUAUUAUCUGUUAUUAAAGUUAAACAUAAUUUUGAUUACUAUUAGAGGUAUGGUAAUUUGAACUGAUACAUAUAUAUAUGUACUUGGUUCUAUAUGGUUGCUGACUGAAUGUUAAUAUUUACUUUCAUAAAUAAAUUGAUGGAUCUAUUGUUGUACUCCUUUUCUUUCUGUAUACAUUUUUUCUUGUAGUUGUUCUUUAUCUUAUUUGUUUUGAUCUUUAUUGCUAUGUAGAAGAAAAAAAAACAAUUAUUUUUUUAAGUUUGUCUCCAUGAGAAAAAAAGUAAAAAAAAAGGAAGAAGAAGAAAAAAGAAAGAUAUAUUUGUUUAUUGUUUAUGUAAUUGAUUCAAUCACUGAUGGUGAUGGUGAUCGUGAUGACGAUGGUAACAAUCUGUUUGUUUGUUUUUUUUUGUUAAUUUUUAAUUGUUGUUCAUUGUUAUUAUGGUGUUUUAUUGUUGAAUGUACAAAAUAAGAUGAAUAAGGAUGUGAUUAGUUUAGUUGCUUAUACUAGUGGUAAUAAUAAUAAUAGUAAUAAUGAUAA